AUGAGUGUUGCCUCUGUUUGCGUGGCAGCUGCUGAGGCUGGAGGGCAUGAACAUUCUUCUACCUCUUCUAACUCUGGUGAUAAAUGUCUUCCUCCUCCCGAAACUGAUGCUGCUGUUGAACGUGAUAAUCCUCGUGAUAUUACUAAAUAUUGUGAUGAACAGCGUCGUUCUAAUGGUCCUCCUGCUGGUAGUAGUAAUGGUUCUGCUCAUCCUGCUGCUCCUUCACCUCCUGCUCCUUCACCUCCUGUUCCUUCUCCUCCUAUUGCUGCUGGUGCUGCUGGGGAAGGGAGUAAUGGUUCGUCUCCAUCUGGAGGUCGAACUGGAGCCAACGUCAACACUCCAGCAGUUGCAGGUGCAGUCAACGCGGAGAGUACAGCAACAGCACAACCCACUUCUCCUUCUCCCGAAUCUUCAGACACAGAGACUGCCAAUGGUUCUGGCACUGCAAACGAUGGGGGUAGCAGUACACCUGCAGGGAGUGAACCAUCCAAUAACCCAAGUGAUGAGGAAUCAACAACUUCAACUACUACGACCACCACCACCACCAAUACAAUUCCUACUCUCCCUGGAAUCAGCAAUAACACCAUAAUGCCAAAUGUGAAGGGUGAUGCAGACAGCAGCAGCAGUAUCAGCAGUUCUGUGUGGAUGCGUGUGCCACUACUGAUUGUGGUUACAUUGGCCUGUAUUCUUGUGUGCUGA